AUGGUUGGCAACCCCAGCUCGAACGAUCUUAUCCACUGGUCCGACGAUGGCGACUCCUUUAUUGUGACGGAUCAAGUCAGAUUCGCAAAGGAGGUACUGCCAAAGUUCUUCAAGCACAACCUGUUCACGUCCUUUGUCCGCCAAUUGAACAUGUACGACUUUCACAAGGUGCCACAUCUGCAGCAAGGAGUUCUCAUGCCAGAUUCAGAUUCGGAGCACUGCGAGUUCAGUAACCCUCACUUCCAGCGCGGCCAACCAGAUUUGCUACAUCUGGUCGAACGCAAAAAAGCAUCUUCGGCUGUCAACAACGCAAAGACAGGGCAGGAUAACUUGAUGAGCGCAAUUACUGGUGGUGUUGGCGUGGAUGUCGAUGAUGGUGGUGGUUUCGGCGGUGGUCGGGUAGGAGUGGCAGGUGGUGGUGGUGGUGGUAGUGGUGGUGGCGGCGGAGGUGUCAACAAGCGAGAUGCUCUCACUCUGGAUCUGGGACAUAUCGUGAAGGAGGUGAACGCCAUCAAGCGACACCAGGUUGCCAUCUCUACCGAUCUCAGGAAUAUUGAACGGGACCACCAAUCGCUCUGGCAAGAGUCGAUUCAGGCAAGGGAGAGACAUCAGAGGCAACAAGAGACGAUCGACAAGAUCCUGAGGUUCUUGGCGAGUGUCUUUUCAGGAGAGAAGAAACGCGCACUUGUACCCAACAAGAAGGCGAGAUUGACGAUCACAGAUGGAGAGACUGCUCUUCGCAACUCGGGUGUAUCGACUUCAAGACGGUUGGUUGAGGCUGAGGAUGAGGAUGAUGAGGAUGAGGAUCUGGAUGAGGAUGAAGGUGCGGAGGAAAUUGUUCUGUCGGGUAGCAAGCGGAAACGAGGCCAGUCUGAUGCCGGAAACAUCAGCGAGCUCACUCCAGACAUGCUGUCGAUAUUCUCAAACACCAUGCAGACGCCGCAAAAGAAACCACUCGCUACAACCACCACAGCAACAUCGACAACAGGACUGCCCACAAUCCCCACCUUGUCAUCAGCCGCCACUGCUCACAACUUGAUAUCCACCUCACAAAUCCCCGACUACCUCCUUCCCAGCCUUCUGAACUAUGCCCAACAGAACGCCAACAAGGCCAAUAACCUCAACACCACCAACACCACCUCCUCUGCCAACAAUAUCAAAUCUGCUCUUGGAGGAGGAGGAGGAGGAGGAGGAGGAGGAGGAGGAGGAGGAGGCCUUCAGUUCGAUCCCUCGAGCCUAACCCUCCCAACAACCCUCCACCCUAACGUCCUGACAUCCCCAGUACACCACGACAUGCUCCGGUCUAUUUCGAUGGCCAAUGCGCGGGACACGACCCAGAACGCUCAGUCCCUGGCUCCGCCAUUACCUCCACCCAACCCCUCUUCUCUGUCAUCUGCUCUGCUGGCCGGCCCAACGUUCAGUCAGAGCCCUGCUGGCGCGCAUAUCACCAAGGGAGUCGAUCAGAUUACGAUGGAUCAGGAGAGGUUGCAACAGAGUUUGGAUGCUCUUGGACAGCAUGGGCUUAAUAUUGACAACUUUGAUCUGGAUGACGAUUUUGAUGGUGGAGGAAAUUCCUACCUCAACUCCUUCGAUACAAGCGCGUACCCAGACUUGGGAUCGUUCCAGGAUGGGGUUGGAGGCUAUGGUGGGUUCAACCAGACCAACGACACAACAGCCCAAUUCAACCAGCUACAUGAUUUCCUGACUUCAGAUCACGUCGCUCUCCCUGGUGGCUCACCAACAUCUACCACCGCCACCACCACCACGAACUCUGCGGUGCCAGCAUGGUCAAACACCAUGGGCUCCAACAACAAUAACAACAACAACAACCAUAACAGCAGCUUUCAUGUUGGCGCCAAUCUUCGGAUAACAACCUUGGGAGAGGAUGGAGGUCUUGAAGAGCUUCUUGAUCUUGGACCUUCAUAG